GGCGCAGAUUGCUGUACCGUUCCACGGGAAAAUAGUUCGCGUGGCUCGGGCCGCGACCAGUCUUCAAGCUUCCCUCCUUUCCCGCGUGCGCUGCGCCCUUCCUCCCUCGAUCCCUUCUCCACCAGGUUCUAGGCGUCGCACCUCUCAGGGCUUAAGGCGUCGCCGACUUCCAGGAGAUCGCCGGCGAUGUGGAGGCUCACGGGACGGUGGCGGCGGAGAUUGCGGCCCGCGCUCGGUUUCAGGGACGCGUCCACGGCGGCGAUGGCCUGCCGAGCCGUGGUGCUGCCACGGUUCGGCGGGCCGGAGGUCCUCGAGAUGCGCCCGGCCGUCGGAGUCCCCGAUCUCAAGCCGCGGGAUGUUCUCGUCCGCGCCCGCGCCGUCUCCAUCAAUCCUUUAGACUUGAGAAUGCGAUCUGGUUAUGGACGAUCCAUUUUUGAACCACUUCUGCCACUAAUUUUGGGUCGUGAUAUUAGUGGUGAAGUCGCAGCGGUUGGUUCUUCAGUUUCAUCCCUUACCGUUGGGCAGGAAGUUUUCGGUGCACUGCAUCCAACAGCCGUGAGAGGCACUUAUGCUGAUUAUGCUAUUCUCUCUGAAGAUGAACUAACAAUGAAACCACCUUCAGUGACACAUGUGGAGGCAAGUGCCAUUCCUUUUGCUGCUUUGACUGCAUGGCGUGCUUUAAAAAGUACCGCUAGAAUCACUAAAGGACAGAGACUGUUAGUUCUUGGUGGAGGAGGAGCAGUUGGAUUAGCUGCAAUUCAGCUUUCAGUAGCUGCAGGGUGCAGCGUGUCAACCACAUGUGGAAGUAAGAGCAUUGACCGAGUGCUGGAAGUCGGUGCCGAGCAAGCUGUUGAUUAUACUGCUGAGGAUACUGAAUCAGCAAUCAAAGAGCAAUUUGAUGUUGUUCUAGACACAAUAGGAAUCCCUGAAACUGAAAGAAUUGGGAUUAAUCUUCUGAAGAAAGGCGGACACUAUAUGACACUGCAGGGAGAAGCAGCAUCCUUAGCUGAUAGGUAUGGGUUGGCUAUUGGUCUUCCUGCUGCUACUGCUAUUUUACUAAAGAAGCAAAUGCAAUAUCGCUAUUCUCAUGGAAUAGAGUAUUGGUGGACAUACAUGAGGGCUGAUGCUGAAGGUCUAGAUGAGAUCGGCAGACUAUCAGAAGCUGGAAAGCUGAAGAUACCAGUGGAGAAAACAUUUCCAAUCACCCAAGUUAGAGAAGCUCAUGAGGUAAAAGAUAAAAGGCUUGUUCCUGGUAAGGUGGUUCUGGAAGUUGACUGAAAUCCAGGAACACUUAUAUUUGGAGUAAAUGCAGAAAAAUGGAUUUGUAGAUAUAAAUAAUUUCCCAGCUUUCUCCCCUUACCACGACAGCAACCUUCCUAUGGAAUCUGAGAAUCCAAGGUGUUCAAAAAAUAGAACAAUCCCAACAGGUCAGCUAUCAAUAAAGAAUAUCAAUUCAUUUGAAGCACAGUCAAUUGUUAAUUCAGAACUUACGUCCUUGUUCUCUGCAUUACUUUGAUUGUACAUAGAGUUUAUAAUUUUUUAUUGAUUUGCAUUUGAGUUG